GUAUCACUAACAACACCAACAAAAAACGGCGACGAUUUUAUUGGCAAUUUUUUUUUUUAAAUCUAAAAGCCAGCGGGAAAAUUGAACGUGUGCCGUACCGAAGAAGGAGCGCGGCGUUGAGUAAGCAACCGAACCAGUGACCAGCGAUACCGCAAUAGCACCGGCGGCGCUAUGAGCGUGCUGGCGUAUCCACGUACAAACGACGAGGAGAUUUUCCGUCAGUGCACCAAGGACUGUGGCGUGGUGACGGCCACAGAUGACUUCCAGUACUUUGCCCUGCGAUGCGUGGUCUGCAGCGAGAAGUUCCGCUACUUCGACUCCUUUAUCGGACACAUGCAAACAGUGCAUCUGGGCGAUCAUCCCGACUCUGAUGCCAAUGAGCCCCCCUUUAGAUUAGGUGAGCCAGUAUCGCUGUCGGCCCUCGACCGGGGCAGCAAUGGGGAUCUGCCAAACUUCCAUGAGAUCGAAGACUUGACGGACGCCGAUACGGCUCUGCUGGAGCCGCAAAUGGUUAUUAAACAGGAGCUGCAGGAUUUGCCCUGCAGCGACGAUGACAUAGCCGAUGAAUACGACGAUGACGACGACCGGCUGCCAGGAUCCGAGGCGAACGAAGAGGACGACGACGACGAGGAGACUAUACUGCCUGAGAGCGUUCCGGCAGUGAGCGCCAAGCCGAAAACAAGGAUGAAGGUCACCAAACGGCGCCAGAGAGUGGACGUGAAAAACGAGCCGCUAAUUGUCGAGGGAGAGUCUUCCUUGGACGACUACGACUCACAAAUGAUGGACGAUAACUCGGGCGAGUACAUGGACUACAGUGGGGUGGAGGAGACAAGUCAUGGAGCCGAAGGCGACUUUCCCAACUACGACGAAAUGGUCGAGGAAUCACUGCUGGGGCGGGAAAGGGCAGUAACGAUGCACAUCAAGGACCGGAAGAUGAUCAAGUUUCUGAUCCAGUCGUACAAGCGCAAUCCCUUCCUGUGGGAUCACAGCAAUCCACAGUUCCGGGACCGGGUGAAACGCGCCCGCUUCCUGGACUGGAUCGUGCUUGAGUUCAAGAGCCGCUUCAACAUUUCCCUGGCCAAGGACGCCAUCACCCGCAAGUGGGACAACCUGAGGACAGUGUACAAACGGGAGUGCAAUCGCAUGGCCCUGGAGAACACGAACGUCAGUACGCUGUGGUACUUUAAGGAGCUGCUGUUCCUCAAUGAUGUCUACAGCUACGCUGACAAGAUGACCAAAACGGUGGUAAAGGAGGCGAACUACCGUCGUCGCUUCUCGGCCAUUUGGAGCGACACCUCGACCUCCAGGCUACUGACCAUGGUGAAGCGGUAUCAGUGCUUCUACAACCGCUUCGAUCCCGACUACCGCAGCAAGGAGCGGCGCGGCGAGGGCCUCCAUCAGAUGGCCGUGGAGCUGCAGGAGCUCAUCGACGUGUCCACCAUCCAGAUCUCGAAACGAAUUUCGCAGCUGCGCUUCGAUUACUCCAAGCAGAAGAUGGAGCGCCUCAAUUGCGAACGGCUGGGGCGUCCCUUCACCUCAAAGUACAUCUACUAUGAGCAAAUGAGCUUCAUGGACGGCGACAUACCGCCCUUCAAGUGCCAGCACUGUCCGGAGAUUGUCCAGACAUUGAGGGAUAUGGACCUGCAUCUGCUGAGCCAUCAACCGAGCUUGGGUGGCGGCUACUACUGCCACAUCUGCACCAUCCAGUUCACCAGCAGCGAGGAGUUCAACAGCCACAAGGAGCUGCACUUGGGCGUCGGUUCGGACGUCAAAUUCAACUGCGAACUGUGCACGGCCAGUUUCCGGGAGAAGGCCAACUACGACGAGCAUCUGCGCCGGCACAACGAGGAGCUGUUCCUGCCCUCGCUGGCCCUCAACCACAGCAUCAUUGAAUGCGGCGACGACGAGCCCGAGAGUAAGAUUGGGCCUUCAGGCACUGGGCGCCGGGGCAGGCCUUCGGGGUCGGCCUCGAAGACUCCCAUGGAGAUACCCGAAGACCAGGAUCCCGGGGACGGGGGAAAGCCCUACGGAUGCGAUGUGUGCCGCCGCAGCUUCGCCACGCCCGGCCACCUGAACGCCCAUCAGAUCGUGCACCAGGACGAGCGCGAGCGCUGCUACAAGUGCGACUAUCCGCAGUGCAACAAGUCGUUUGUGGCGCGCAACAGCCUCUUCGAGCACCUGAAGCAGCACUACAGCAACGAGGAGUUCAAGUGCGACAUCUGCGGCAAGACCUUCAAGUCGACCAAAAAUCUGCAGAACCACAAGCAGAUCCACGACAAGGUGAAGCGCUAUGUCUGCCAGAUCUGUGGCUCGGCGUUCGCCCAGGCAGCCGGGCUGUAUCUGCACAAGCGGCGGCACAACCGCCCCAACGGAGUCGUCGGCGCUGUGGGCCGCUCGGGCCGGAGCACCCUGUGAGAUAGGGACUGCGAGGUGGACAAGGAUAGGGAUAAGGAGAAGGACCGGUCCAAGCGGAUGGCGGGUCGCGGAAGAGGGCGGGGCCGUGGCCGGGGUCGCGGCUACGAUCGCCACGUGAAAUAGUCCUGUAAGACCAACUAACUUAAUAUACUUGUCCGCGAUUAAAGGCAGCUAGCUGGCAUGUCGCACUCACUCAAUGUUCAGCCCUGUUUGAGUUUAUUUUUAACCAGACCCAGACCUUACUUUUAAACACCUUACUAUUUUAAAUCAAAUGUCCAACCUGACCACAUGUAUUAUUGUAUUUAAGCCUCAAGACUUAUUGUUUACUCGAUGUUUCGAUCCCACGAAUUCUCAGGGCUGGCUGUUUAUUGUAUGUAUUAUUUUAUUUAACAUUUUAUUGUAAUUAAGCGACUAGCAGCCUAGUUAAGAUCAGAUUGUAUUUUUAAACGAAUUACUUACCUGUAGUAGUACUUAAAGGCAAAACAAGUAUUUAACAAUGCAACAUAGGCUUAAGGUAGAUCAAAUGGCAAUGAUCCAGCUUCCGGGCUCCCACUAAAACGAAAGAGACGGAUGGAUAGCGAGCCAGAGAGAGAGAGAGAGAGAGAGAAGGAGAGUUAGGAAUAGGCUAACCAAUAGAUCUGUGCCAACUUCGAACCCGAAGCCAACCCCCUCCCCCAAGAACAUAAUAGUGUGUAAGCCUUGCAAAACAUUCCUCCCCGUCCCCCCCGAAACAUUCCAUAUUACCAAGUAUUUUAUUUAGUAUUCCAUGUGCUAACUAGUUUAUAUAGUGGAUAUAUAUUCCAAGUAAGCCCAGACCAGACCCCAGCAGCUAAAUCGGAUGGUAAUUAACAGCAAUAACUAAGUUACUAAGCAUCUGGAAAAUGUUAGUUUUAAGCUGAGAAACAGUGCAAGCAGAGCCAUAGGGACAACUCGAACAAGUGUGUCCUUAUGGCCCCGAUACGCACUGUCCGCCAACGACUGAAUCUGAAACACAUUUCGAGGAGAUCGCACUGCUUCGUCCUGUAACCGCGAAACUAUAUAAAUGUAAAUAGAAAUAUGUAACCUGAGCCAGUCGAUUACCAAGCUAUCUAACCAAGUCUCCAAGUCAAGAGACUCCAGAUUCACAAAAGAAGCUCCAUUUAGGCCUAAGUUCAUCUAGCACAAUUUCCACUCAUGCCAGUCAUCCAACAAAUCACCCAAAAGCUUAUCAAAGAGCAAAGCGCCACCUGAUAACACCCGGUCCGACUUGGUUUCCACUUGAGAUUUCUUCGGGAAACCAUUCCCAAUUUGUGAAAUAGUUAACAGCCCCCCUACCCAGGAUCUAAGGAGGAUGGCCCAGCGCAGCAGGCUCUAAGGAUCACAAGAAUCGUAACAAAAGUGCGCUUCCAGCAGAGUCAGAAACGAAAUACCGAAAGAGAAUACCUUAAAAGCAAACUAACUUAACUUGAAACUAAAAAAAACUAAAACCUUAAAACACUUGCAUAAAUAUGUACAUUUAAGGAAGCGUCUUCUAAAAUUGUAAAUUGAGAAACAAUACAAAUCACAAUUUUAAUUUAUAUCCUAGCAAUACCGAAUGAGAUUUUAGUACUAUAUGAUAUACAUACACAUCAUUAUACACCCUACACGUAUUCGAAAGACCCUCGAAUAAAAUAGGUUUAAAUUAAAAAACAAAAACAAGGAA